CUGGGCCGCAUACUCUACUGUCCGGACAACGCGAAAUACCAUAGCCUCAGGUUUCAAUUCAAGGCCCGAGUGAAUUGACCGCUGAACAGAACAUCUCUUCAUCCCUCGUCGCAUACCACAGCAGCGCACAUACCCCGACGCCAAACACCCGACAGAUUUCAUUAAGUCAACCCUCGUCUUGUAAUCGCGCCUCUGAAUUCCGUGUAGUAGCAACACCUACCAUUCCUCAUUUUGCCCUCUCCUCAACGCCCCGCAAUAUCACGUCACAAACAAGACAAUACUAGCAGCAGCACAGCAACAUCACCAAGCUAUUCCCCGACGCACCAUCCACCAUGUCCGGCAGAGACGCGAUCGUAGCCAUCAUCAUCUGUCUCCUCGCAGCCAUCGCCGUUUUCACCUUCUUCCACAAGAAGAUCAUCCACUUCAUCGCGCUGUGGAUGGCCGACGCGAAGAACGCCGAAGCCGCCGUCAAGGAAUCCAAAUCAGCACCCUCUGACGACCUCGAGGCUGCGAAGUCUGAACCAUCAUCUGCCGGAUCUGAGGCAAGAUCUGGAUCCAAGAAGUCUGACGAUAGAUGCGAGACUGCUUCAUCAGCGUCGACAGACCAUGAGCUUCGCCUCCACACGGAGGGGCUAUAAUUCCAAGUGAGUACCUGAAUGUUUUCACUUUCGAGAUUCAUCACUGCAGGGAUCAAUCAAUGUUCGAGAAUUCAAGACGCCGGCCAUUCGACCCUGCGCUAGCGCCUGCG